GGUCGCAGCCGUGUAGGUCGCUGCUCUGUUUUCGGCUCCUGGAGAUACUUACAUGCACUGGCUCGGUGGGGAAGUGCCCUCUGCAUAACAAGCCAGGAGUGCCACUGACUAGAGAGUUGUUCAUGAGUGAAUCUUCCUUCAUGAAACAUGGAUGACAAGACUUCUGUGGGGAAGAUCAGUGUGUCCUCUGAUUCAGUGUCCACCCUGAACAGCGAGGACUUUGUGCUGGUUUACAAGCAAGGGGAUGAAAUGCAUUCUGCAAAUAAUGGCAGCGAUGAUGAGAAGACCGGACUUAAGAUUGUUGGAAAUGGGAGUGAGCAGCAACUUCAGAAAGAACUUGAGGAUGUGUUAAUGGACACGCCAGCAGAAGACCGGGACCAACCUGCAGAGAAGGUGGAAAAAGAACAUCUUGAGGAUGAUCUGGAUGAGUCCUCAAAUGAAACCUCCUCUGCAUCUUCCAGCAUCAACCCAUCGUCUGUAGGACUGCAGAAGCAAGACUUGAGUCUGCCGGUGAAACCAGCACAGCAAGAUUUCGAUCUAAGACCAGAGGUGCCUCCAAUGCGACUAGAGGCACCAGAGGCCAUCCUAAAGUUGGUCCAGUCCCAAGUCAUUGUUCCAGAACCAAUACCACAACGAGGCAAGGGUUAUUACGCCAACCUGUUCGUCGUGCCGAAACCGGACGGUUCGAUGUUCAAGUUCAAAAUGGAAUCAUUGCGAGCAGUGAUUGCGGGCCUGGAAGAACAGGAAUUCAUGGUCUCCUUGGCUAUCAAGGAUGCCUUCCUCCCAUAUUCCAAUUUAGCCGCCUGA